AUGUCUUUCGUCGAUGCUACAUCCAUCCCGCUAGUGGGACUGACAGUGCUCCAAGUGCUACGGCGCGCAGAAGCAGAGCUGGGCGGAUUGAAGGGGAAAACUGCGUACGUGCCGGGUGGUCUGAGCGGUACAGGAAACGUGGCUAUACAGCUGCUGCUGAAUGUGUUUGGUGUGAAGGAGGUGAUCACGACGCUGUCGACAGGGAAGAUGGAGAGAGCAAAGGAGCUGUUCAAGGGGGGAUGGGGAGAGGUGGUGUAUCUUGAUUACACAAAGGAAAACGUGAGCUCGGCAAUUGGAGCUGGAACCGUCGAUUUCAUGCUCGAUACCAUGGCGGCUGCGAUUGGUGCGUCAUUGUAUCGAUCAGCAAAACGCCGUCAGGGGAUGAACUUAAGAGAAGGUUUACAUCUCCGCCGUGGUUUAUGGUGGUCUGCUGAACCUCAUGGAUCGGGUGAACAAGUGGAGAGCCGGGAGGUAUGGUGUCAACUAUAG